CACAUCAUCCAUUCAGAUUCCAGGUGACUGCGGUCCUUCUGCCACUGGGUGUCUCUAAGGUCGCCAGUUGUGUUGCGAAGUAGCGGCAAGCUGUGGUCCCUCACGCUGUGUUCCAGAGGUCCUUCUGGAAUGCUGUGAGAUGUGCCUCCCCAAUUGCUUGUGAGCCUUAUGAGUAAGCCUACAUUGGAAAGGAAUGCUUUCAAUCGCAGGCUCGUCUUCUCUUCGUAGACUGUGCUCCAUGAAUGUCCGUACCUUCGAGUCACAUGCCCUGCGACAGUGCCGCUGCCAAGCGGGGCACUCACCAAGCAUCUUGCAUGCACCGUCUGCUGUGGUACCACGACUGGGCAGGAUCAGUGGGAGCGCACACGAGAACGCGCCAGCAUUGCUACAUGGGACUCAUGGGCGCAGGUCACGGGUGGAAGCCUCUGGUAAACUUGGUCAGCCCCUUUUCACAUCUGACUAUCAAAUGUUCUCCCGCUUCCAGAGGUUUGUGAGCCGCAUAAUACGAGAUAGCAAGCCUCAAGCCAAGUCACAAAGGCAGCAGAAUGCACAGCGUGAUCUUAGUUGCCAUGCGGUGGCAGUCGAGAGGAGCCUCGAUGAGCUGAAGAGCAGGGCGGAGGGUGGAGAGGGCCCAAAUGGGAUGCCCCUGCCAAAUCCCAUCCAUGCGGAGCUUACUCCACAGGAAGUUGCGGGCAGGAGGAUCAUCUUAGUGGGGGACGUCCAUGGGUGUUAUGACGAGCUGGUCCUGUUGUUAGACCAGGAGUGUAGACGGCAGCCCGACGACGUGGUUAUCUUCGUGGGUGACCUUGUGAAUAAGGGUCCUAAGUCUCCUGAAGUAGUGGCGCUCGCGCGGGACAUUGGAGCAUACGCCGUGCGAGGCAAUCAUGAUGACAGCUCACUUGCGUCCUACUACAAGUGGGCCAACUAUCGAUCAGGAAAAGGGGGCAAGCAGAAGCCGGACAAGCGGGAGUGGGUGCAGCAGCUGACGGAGCAGGAUGUUGAGUGGCUUCAUGGCCUGCCGUUCUCCCUGCGAAUACCCUCGCACAACCUGCUAGUGGUUCAUGCGGGCCUAGUCCCAGGGAUUCCGUUAGAACAGCAAGACCUGGGCCAGCUGUACACUAUGCGCUUCUUGGAGCAAGCCACCGCCAAGCGCAAGAAGAGCUCGAGCAAGCGGAGCUUGCGGUCGGGCUAUGGUUCUGACUCGGACGGUGCAGACUGGGAGCCGGUGGGGAGUGCAAAUGACGAGACGGAACUGUGGGGAAAAGUGUGGGACGGGCCGGAGCACGUUGUGUUUGGGCAUGACGCCAUGCGGGGUUUGCAACUGCGCCGGAAAGCGACUGGCCUGGACACUGGGUGCGUGUAUGGGGGACGGCUGACCGCGAUCAUACUCCCACCCGUGGUAGGCGAUGGGGGGAGCAGACCCAGUGCACCUGUAGGCCACGGCAUGCUGGUCUCCGUCAAGGCACUGAAAGAGUACGAAAAGGCUAAAGGGAAAAUGAGGUAGGCACGUGCAUGGUCAACUUGGCUUGGCCGCAGUGUAUCAUAUCUUCCAGUCAGGGCCCCUCCUACGAGAACGGGGAUUCACAAGAGGUCCUUGUAGCAUAAUUGCUUGCAAAUUUGACUCAGAUUAAUUUAUGAUCAUUUCGGUUGGUGGAUACGAUUUCAGUCUCGGAUGGAACAAGAGAAAACAAGAUGCAAGAUAAGCGAGACUGGUUCUUUGCAAAAGUUGGUAUUUCUGCCCGCCGCCAGUGUCACCUGGCCUUUUAAUAAGUCUGAUUGCCUUCUUUGGCUUGCCUAUCAAAUAGGCACGCCAUAGGCUAUUACCGCGGGCCGGGAUGGCGUUCAUUCCGUCGUAUGUGGCGUUCCGCGCGGCGCUGGCUUGGGUUGCGUUGAUGCGACGUCAAACUCCGAGUUUUGCAUCGCUUACGUGGGGAGACACCUUCACUGCUCAUGCUAGUGUUUAACCAUGGACCUCGAUCACCGUCGAGCCCCGCUGGCAUUGGUCAUGAGAUUGAAUUGUGGCUUCCCAGUCGAUCAUGG